AUCCCAAACAGAAACAACUACAAGCAAUAUAUAUUAUACAUAUAUAAAUAUAUCACGUAACCAAAAACUUGCUUAUUUCAUUCUAUCUGAGUUUGAGUGUAUGUUCGAAUACAUAUAGAGAGAGAGGUUAAUCGAGAAAUUAAUUAGUAUUGAACCCCAAAUGGAGAAUUUGAGUACCAAGAGAGGAGGAAGUACGGCGAGUGGUAAUAACACUCCGCCGCCGAUGGUGGACGAAUGCAACCGAAGAGAGCCACUUCUCUCCCCAUCUCCGCCUGUCGACGUGGCCGGUCUUUCGCCGGAAAACAGUUCUUGGAGGCUCGACCUCAGUGACUUCCAAUUGCCGGACCACGGCAGUUCCCACUACAACGGCGGACGUUGCUCCUUGGCUUUCCGCCGCUUACUUCGCACACCAGGGAAACAAUACAAAGUUGCAGAAUAUUAUAAACAGCAAGAAAGGCUUCUUGAAGGCUUCAAUGAGAUGGAGAUCAUGACUGAAAUGGGCUGCUUCCCUGAAAGUCUAACUGAGGAUGAAGUGAAGCAGUUAGCAAAGAGUGAGAGGUUUGCAGUGAAUGCAUCAAACAUAGCUAAUUUAGUUCUUUUUGCAGCGAAAGUUUAUGCUUCAAUUGAGAGCAAAUCACUAGCUGUGAUUGCCUCAACUUUGGAUUCCCUAUUGGAUCUCUUGUCUGGCUUUAUACUGUGGUUCACUGCCUACUCCAUGAAAAACCCAAAUCACUAUAACUAUCCCAUUGGAAAGAAUCGUAUGCAACCAUUGGGCAUCAUUGUUUUUGCAUCUGUAAUGGCAACUCUUGGCUUGCAAAUAUUGCUCGAGUCCAUUCGGCAUCUCGUCACAAAAUCAGCACCGCAAAUGAAUAUUGAGGAAGAGAAAUGGAUGAUAGGGAUAAUGGUUUCAGUCACAGUAGUGAAGUUUUUCCUUAUGCUUUACUGUCGAAGAUUUAAAAAUGAAAUCGUUCGAGCCUAUGCACAAGAUCAUUUCUUCGACGUUGUUACUAAUUCAGUCGGUUUAGCAGCAGCCGUCCUAGCCGUCCGAUAUUCCUGGUGGAUUGAUCCUACAGGAGCUCUCAUUAUAGCACUAUAUACAAUGAACACAUGGGCAAGAACUGUGAUUGAGAAUGUUUGGUCACUGAUUGGAAGAACAGCUCCACCAGAUUUUCUAGCAAAGCUAACAUAUCUGAUAUGGAAUCACCACAAAGCAAUCAAGCAUAUCGACACGGUGAGAGCUUAUACAUUCGGUUCUCAUUACUUUGUAGAGGUUGACAUAGUCCUCCCAGAAGACAUGAUUCUGAUCGAGGCACAUGACAUAGGCGAGACCCUGCAAGAGAAGCUCGAACAGCUCCCCGAGGUAGAAAGAGCUUUUGUUCAUAUCGAUUUCGAGUUUACUCACAGGCCAGAACACAAGAGAAAGGUUUGAUGGAUCACAAGGACAAUCACGACAUUCAUCAUCAAUUCAAACUUUCAAGUCUAUGAAUAAUAAGCUGCUGAUUUUUAUGUUUGGCUUUUUUUCUUUCUUGUAUGAAUGAAAUUCUAAUAUUGCUAUUUCAUUUUACCUUUUUGUAGAUCAAACCAUUAUGCUUUUUGUGCUAUUUAAUUAAAGUUUGGUUGAUCAAUUUUAUAUUUGUUAUUUUUCU